CUUUGGUUUGAAAUGUAGCACAGGACCGCUGUCUUAUUGCAUAGCCUUGUUUUGACAUUUUGCGCCUUUUACUCUUGGAGAGUUUUCUGUAAGCCAGUUGUGUUAGCUAACCUAGUUAGCCAAUAGGGCAGUCACCAGCUGGUAAUAUUUACUCUAACCUGGAAGGUGCUGUUUCACAUCAGUAAUUACUAUUUUAUAACAGAAACUAGUUCGUUUGUAAACCGUCCCGAUUUGGCGUGACAAAAUAGAAUUAGUGUGUCUACCUGUUUAUCUAGUACAGAUUAUUAUUCACAUAAGGUGUACCUACAAGUGAACCGUUAGUUAGUUAUACUGAGACCAGACCAGUUAUUUGUCUCCCAGCCAUAUUCCUAUUAACCCCGCCUUCUGCGCUCUGAUUGGUUGGAUAGCUCAUAAGGUAACCUUCUGAUUGGACAGGACAGGAACGGUGCUCAAACGGUCCAUCCAUCCAUCCAUCCAUCCAUUUUCAGUAAGAGCUUUAUCCUGGUCAGGGUUGCAGUGGAUCAAGACUGGGCCCUAUCCCAGGAACACUGAGCGUAAGGCGGGAAUGCACUUUGGGCAUGCCACUGUGUGACACGAAGUAGCCACCUGCCCCAGUGCCUCUCCCCCUCUUCUGACCUCAUGACAACCCCACCACUUGGCCAGUUUCCUGCGCAGCAGGCGCAAGCAGCCCGGGAUGUAAACACAGCCUCACUAUGUCGCAUUGGACAGGAAACCGUGCAGGACAUAGUUUUAAGAACCAUGGAGAUCUUUCAGCUGCUUAGAAACAUGCAGCUACCGAACGGGGUCACGUACCAUCCUAACACACAUCAGGACCGACUGGGGAAGCUGCAGGAGCACCUGCGCAUGCUGUCUGUCCUCUUCCGCAAACUGCGCCUGGUCUAUGACAAAUGCACCGAGAACUGUGCUGGUCUGGAGCCCAUUCCUCCUGAGCAACUCAUCCCCUAUGUGGAGGACGACAGCUCCAAACUGGAUGAGCGUGUAGCCAGUCAGAUGCGUUCAGCCAGCGAAGAGAGAAGAGAAGUGCUUGAGGUGAACAAGAAACUGAAACAGAAGAACCAACAACUGAAGCAGAUAAUGGACCAGCUCAGAAACCUCAUCUGGGAGAUUAAUUCCAUGCUAGCUGUGAGGAGCUAAAACACACACACACACACACACACACACACACACACUCUCUCUCUCUCUCUCUCUCUCUAUCUCUCUCACACACACACACGGCCCACUCGCAAGACAUAUUAUUGUCUACACACAUUGCGUUGAGAUGUGUUUUCACUGAGCAUAAAGUAGAAAGAUUGCAGCGACAGAAGGUACUGAGGUGAAAAAUUGCACGAGGGAAGGAGGAAAGAGGAACGGCGGAAUGAAACGGGGUAAAUUUUACUGCUCGUUCGUGCUACCUGGUUGAGCAAGGAUUCAGUUUAUUUGCCUUGAAUUCAAUUUCCAGCAAGAAUAUUUAAAAGACAGAGUGGAUCUCUUAUUUGCUGUGAUGAAUUAAUUCUUAAUUGUAUUCCAAAUACUUGUAAAUCUGAAGAAUCUUUUUUUUUUUAAUUAAAUAUUUCAUAACAGAAAAUGUAGCAAGAAUAUAUGUUACAGUAUAUAUACUAUGUAAUAUAUAUUGCAGUGCUUUAAUUUUUAUUCAAUGCAAAGCCCUAUGUAAUGCCAGAAAUUCUGUCAGCUAUAUAAUACAUUAAUUAUUAAACACUAUAUAUAACUAGUGCUUUUAAAAAAUAAAUAAAUAAAAACCUCCGA